GAAAAAACUGAAGUUUUAGCCGUUUACCGUCGUAUUUUACGCGUUGCGAGAAGCUGGAAGGCUAGCUCUGGUCUCCUGAAAGAUACCUUGGAGGAAAGGAGUUACAUUGUAUCAGAAUGCAGAGAUUUAUUUAGGAAAAAUUCAAAGGUAACAAGUGAUGAGGAAAUUGGAAGAUGCUUGGAAGAAGCAAAAUCUAGACUUGAGCUAGCAAUGCAUUAUGGGAAUCCAUAUCCAAGGCCGGUAAAUCUUCCUCCAAAGGCCAUAGCUUUGCAAGGGAAAACAAAGAUGAAAUCCCAGGAAAGGGCAAAAAAACAAGCCAAACCUGUUUACCUCAAUUCAUAUUAAACAGUUUUUGCAUAAUAUAUAUUUAUUUACAACCGUAAUAGUAAUAUCCAUAAUUAUACAAAUGUUUAAAUCUUGGUAGGUACACGAUUCUCCCUAGU